AAAAUGGAUUAUUUGUUAAAAAAUUUGAAGUUGCUGUGCAAUUGUGAAUCCAUUGCAGCUCUUCCCGAUCUGGUUUGGAGCGAAGUGGAAUCAUCGUUGAAAAAUCUCUCAAAAUUGAAUGACCCUCACAAUGAGCUGAUCGAUUUCAUGAAGACUGAAUUGAGGUCCUGUUUAGCAUCUUUUUCUUGUGAAGAAAAUUUUGAAGCUUAUGCAGAAGAAAAUUACGUGUACCAGGUGUUCCAGGCUGCCGCCUUACUUUGCCGUUUUGAGGAAUAUCGUUCUAUCGGCCAAUCAGAAAAUUUUCACAUUCCCUUGAACAUUCAUCUACAGAGGUUAAGAGGGAAAUCACUGAAAUGUCGAAAUUUAUUACAAGAACAAUCGAUAGAAAUCCCUCCUUUGCUGCGCUGUCUGGCCAACUUAGCCUAUAACUACAUAGAGAUUCAGAGUGCACUGCAACAUAACAUUCCGCUGCUGGCUCAAUGGAUUAUCGAAAUAUCUGGGGUAGUCCAAAUAACAGAAAUCACGGAGCCUCACUCGGAUCUGAUAACCGUGUGCUGCGGAUCUCUUCAAAACCUCCUGAUCGAGACCGAAAAGGAAACCUCAGUUAUACCAACUCCAGCUACAAAUUCAACGCCUUCCUUAGUCUCAUCACUAAUCUCUAUUAUCGGUCAUCUUGAGUCUCUAAACAGUUCUGAAGAUUAUGUUGAGAAAGCAAUCAUCUGUUCGUUCGCUUUACUGGAGAGAGUUCUGGAUUUUCCUGAUGGUCGAAAGUUGUGGCUGGUGUCGGAAGCAAGUGUUGACUGGACGUUGGAGAAAUUGAAAGGUGGUUUUGACGAUGCAAGUGUUGAUAAGUUGGCGUUGUUAGUUGCUUGUGAAGCUGCAUUGAUGCAAGAUGGAAUUGGGCAUAAUAAACUGUUCAGCAAAGGUCUAAUCCUCGUUUGUGAGAAGAUUCUGCAUGUAAAUCCAGCUGAUCUUGGAGAAGAUCACGAACAAUGGUACUCCUCAGCAUGCAAUGUAAUAAUUGGAAUUUCAAUGGACCAAGAAGUUUCUUCACAUAUUCUGAACGGCAGCGAGUCACAUCUCAAAGAACUGCUGAAGACUAUGUAUUUGCAUGAGUAUUCAUCAUAUGUCAGAGCAUCAGCUUGUUUGCUUAUUGGGAAUUUGGCCUGUGAUGAAACGAGCGUGACUAAAUGUUUCGAAAUGGGUCUGUAUCAUGAUUUCAUAGCUCCCAUGUUGUUGGCAUUAGAAACUGAAUAUUCAACAGUCGAAAGAGGAAGCGAACGAGAAAAAGAGUGUUUAAUAAUGAAGAGCUCGGCUCUAGUUUCGAUGAAGAAUUUUCUAGUUCCACAAGCAACAAGGAAAUCGAUAUCCGAGGAUGUCCAAAUUUGCGACGCGUUGGUGAAUUGUGCUAUCAAAACACCACCUAUGGAUACCAAAAAUUAUUUCCAAGUGCUGCAAAAUAUACGCCUGUUAGCUUCAACUGGCCAAGAUUUUAGUGGUUUCAGCUUCAGUAAACGGUUAAUAUCGAGUUUGAGCUGCGAUCAGAAUAGCUGCGCGAGAAAAUUCUGUGAUAAAGUUCUAGAAACUUCUAAAGACGUGCCUAUCGAUCAUAUAAAAAAUGAAAGCAGCCGCCUACUGGCUACCUUAAUUGCUAAUUGUGACGUCACUGACCAAUCAAAGUUAUCGAGUGACGCACUUGUUGCUUUUUUUGCCCAAUCAGCUGUCAGUAUUUCCGAAAUGUUGUUGCAUGGGUCGUACGUAAUGAUGAACGAAGGAGGAUUGGCACUGUCUAUUGUGGUUAAUCUGAACAGUUUCGAGUCAAUGAAAUUUGAGUUCGAGCUAAUCAAGAAACUCGUGGAGAAUAUCAUUCACGCAGUGAGAUCCAACGUCCAGGCGGAUCUGAAGAUGUCGUCCCAGUCUAAUAUGCCACACCACCUGGUCAACAUCAACUCACAACUACUCCAGAUUAUGCUCAGAUUCAUCUCAAAACUAGACUCAGAUGAAGAGAAACGACUGAUGAAUGAAGUCAUUAAAGAAAGUCUAAUCUCACAGAUGGAGUUUGAAACUUUGAUAAGUAAUGAACUCACAAAAACUCUAGCUGAAAAAAUAAAGCAAAGGAUUGAAUGAGUUUUCUAUUGAAUGAUUAUUUACUAAAUUAUGUCGUAUUCGGUUGUCUAUAAUUUUUUUUAUCGUGCAUGAAAUACAGCUAUAUUUAUAGUGAGUAUAAAAAA